CCAACGUGGAGAAAGAGGAAGUCGAGCCGCGAGAGCGGGACGAGGAGAGCGAGUAGAUAGAGAAAGAGCCGGAUCCGCCGAAGAGGAGAGGGAAAACCACGGGGCUUUUGAAAAAGUUUUAUCUUGUCUGUACGCUCGGCCUCUCAGACGCUACCGAACGCCGGUGCGGUGUUGUUGGCCACGGCGUGGUCGCGCGGCCUUUUCGGUAACGAGUAGCGAAUAAAGAGAGCAAACGGAGGAAAGAGAGAAGGUCCAGGUCGUGUGCCGCGAUUGCCGGUCCUGAUCGGUCCACCCGUCAUCAGCUUCCGUCCGUUUCAUCCGCCCGCGCAUCCGCGAACGUUCGCGCGAAAGGAACCACCGAAGAUCAUCGGGGAAACUCUCGACAAACAUCAUUCAUAGGACGAAAAGCAGGACGCAGCCGUCCUUGGAUCAGUCAUUUUUUCAUCGCUCGUUUGCCAUGCAUUGUCGCUAAGGUGUCGAUCGAGAGAAAGAGAGAGCAAGCGAGAAAGAUCAAGAGGGAUAGAUAAUAAAAAGAGAAAAGGGAAGAGAGAGGAAGAAAGAAGGGGUCAGUCAAGAAGAGGACGAAGAGGUCGAGAAAAGAAGUGACUCCUUGCCGGUCGCGAGGAACGACCAGCAACGAGAUGAAGAACCGUGUGUUGCUAAAGAGUGCGUUGUUCCUGUUGCUGAUCGCGGCGGACGGCCUCGUGACAGCAUCCGAGGACGAUGACCUGAUUUUCGAUCCAGAAGGUAAACAACCUGCAGUUCAAGCGCCAAUGAUAGAAAUGCAUCAGGACGAAUCUUUUCUUCAUAGGAUAAAGAGAGGAAUCUUCGAUUUAUUUUCCGCAUCAUCGACAACAACGCCAUCAUCUUCAGAUCAAAAAGAAAAUCAAGAGCAAACAUUUGACAACUCGGUCAUCUUAAAUGGUCAUCUCAAUGGAAAUGAAGAAAAUCAUACUCUCCAUCAACCUGAAACGCCAAAUGCCGAAACAAAUAAUGGAAUCGAAAGAUUGACUCUCGAGACAGACGAGGAUGACGACGAAAUAGAUAACAAACACGAGAUAAAUAACGUCGCUGAAAGUCAAAGAAUACCGCUAACAUAUGGGAAUUCCGAUGACGAAGAUUUGGCCGGUUCAGGAGAAAUCGAAGGCAGUGCGAACGAAGAAGAUUUGGUUCGUCCAAAUAUAAUAACUCAACAUCGCAACACUGAUGGAAAAGCACGAUUUUACCGAAUAACAUUGACAGUCGGCGAGCCAUACAGACGAGAGUAUUCUGACAGAAACAGUCCUGAAUAUCGGGAAUUGAGUGGUAAUCUCACUCAUGCCCUCGAGAAGUUGUACGAUCGUUACAUCCCGGGAUACAAUCAUUUCGCUAGCGUCGUCAAGAUAUCACCAACGACUGACGCAUUUACGUCACAAGUUACCUUAGAUAUUGGUUCGACGUUCACGGACGAGCUUGAGGUGCGUGCCGUCCUAGAUCAACAGUUGCAGUUUCAUUCUUUAGACGGUAUCCAAGUAGGUCCGGAGGGAUUCACAUUCAGGAUAUUUCAAGCGGGGGAGAAAACCGAGCAGCCAGAAUGUGAUCAAACGGCUGAAUUAAGAUGUAGAAGCGGUGAAUGUGUGCCACUAGAAUCGCGCUGCGAUGGCGUAUUACAAUGCAAUGAUGGUUCCGACGAAGAUAAUUGCUCGACAGAUUUGUCAAAUAGAACGAGCGAUGAUUUCGAGCACACCACUAUGGAGACACGACAGGAGAAUUCAGGAUAUUUCCCGGUAGAUUCAAAGGAACUAUCUGCUGAGGUAAAACCGGAAGUAUCAGACAUCGACGAUGAUAGGGAAGACGAGGUGUCUACGCUGAGGUCAUCGUCAAACAUGUGUCGUGCCGAUGACACGGUACGCUGUCAAGAUGGCAGUCGUCAUAUUUGCUCGGUGCAACAAUGCGAUGGUGUUCUAGAUUGUGAUGAUGGUGGUGACGAGGUCGACUGUCCACAUCCAGGCUGCAGCGCUGGAGAAUUCGCAUGCGACGUAAACAGAUGCAUAUUGGAAUCUCAACGAUGCAACUUCCUAGAAGAUUGUCAAGAUGGUAGCGACGAACACGACUGUAAUUAUCCCGGUUGCUCUUCGACCGAAUUCAUAUGCAGAAAUGGACAAUGUAUCGACUCUAACAGACAUUGCAAUGGCGUGCACGAUUGUUACGAUGGAUCGGAUGAAUUCAAUUGCCCCUGCAAGGAAGACCAAUUCGAAUGCGCGCCUGGUUAUUGUGUGCCCUUAUCACGACGCUGUGACAGAUACACGGACUGUAUCGAUGGAAGGGAUGAACAAAAUUGUCACAACAUGACACGAUGUCGAGCAGACGAGUUCGAGUGCGCCAGCGGUUCGUGCGUCAGCAAAAACGCAAGAUGCGAUGGACGAAACGAUUGUCUCGAUCAUUCUGACGAAUAUAAUUGCAACGUGACCACCUGUAGCGGAGAUCAAUUCCGUUGUCUAGACGGUAUCUGCUUAAGCAUCGACAAGCGCUGCAAUGGAAUCUCUGAUUGCCGCAACGGCGAAGACGAACAUCAAUGCGGUUGCGGAGAUGCCGAGUUCCGCUGUACAGACGGCCGCUGCAUCGGCUACGAGUUGCAGUGCAAUGGGGUGAACGAGUGUCCUGAUGGCUCAGAUGAGAGGGAUUGCGGUUUGGCCCCGUGCCCUCUUACGGACUUCACCUGUGGAGAUGGCUCUUGCAUACCGAAGAGUUCGGCCUGCGACGGAUUCGAUGACUGCCCUAGGGCAGAAGACGAGCUUUAUUGCGAGCGGGAAUGCACGCCUAACCAGUUCAAAUGCGCCACUGGGAACAAGUGCAUCGAGGAUGUCUACAGAUGCGAUGGCCAUCCGGAUUGUCCAGAUCGCAGCGACGAGGACUGCGCUCCAUCCGCUAACGACACUACACACACCACUACGCCUACCAUCAACUCGUUCGAUGCACGCUGGACACCGAUAUCUAGGAGGGAGUGCGAUCCAAAAACGGAAAUGCGUUGCGAUGAUGGCGGUUGCGUUCUUCUACGGCGUAAAUGCGACAAUAUCUUUGAUUGCCUCGAUGGCAGCGACGAGCGGGGCUGUGGGCUAUGUACACCUGCCGAAUGGAAGUGCGCCAGCGGUGAAUGCUUGCCAGAAAAUCAGAGAUGCGAUGGGAUAAUGCAGUGCAGCGACGGAUCCGAUGAGGAUCAAUGUGUAACCGAAUGUCCGGCUGGAUGGUUUCGAUGCAACGAUGGAUUGUGCCUCGACAAUAAGAGACGUUGCGAUGGUCGAUCGCAUUGCUUGGACGGCUCCGACGAAAUCAAUUGCCCUCAUAAUGACUGCCCCGACGGUCAACUACCCUGUGACAACGGCGUUUGUAUCAAUAAGAACUUCUUCUGCGACCAAAAUGUCGACUGCCAUGAUGCUAGUGACGAAAAAAAUUGCCCGGAAAGAGAAGAAACAGGCGGCUCUGGCCAAGAAUGUUAUCCCGACAGCUUUUCUUGCAACGAUGGUUUCUGCAUACCUCGUUCAGCGGUAUGUGACGGCCACGCGGAUUGUCCACAUGAUGAGGAUGAGAUUAACUGCCGUCAAGGAUGCUCACGGGAUCAGUUCCAGUGCGCUAACGGAGAUUGCAUCCCCGCCAAUCAGAGAUGCAACGGAUACAUCGAGUGUGCUGAUGGUUCCGACGAGCCGGAAGAAUGCGAGCAAUCAUCAGAAAAACCAGAGCCAGGUCAAUGCGUAGCGGGUCAAUUUAUGUGUAUUUCGGACAGAAGAUGCGUUCCACAGUCUUCCAUUUGUAACGGAAUUCCAGAAUGUAGAGAUGGAUCCGACGAGCAUAACUGCGAUCGUAGAGCGGUAUGCUCGCAUGAGGAAUGGCAGUGCAAGAGCGGUGAUUGUAUACCUCGACAUCAACAUUGCGAUCGUCGAAUUGAUUGUCCGUACGACGAUAGCGACGAGUUGGGCUGUCACUAUAGGGCGAUGCAAAGAAAUCACAGUAUAUGCCGCACGUCUGAAUGGACGUGCAAUGAUGGUCAUUGCAUUCCGCUGCAUCAGCGGUGCGACAAAAGGCUCGACUGUCCUAGAGAUAUGUCCGAUGAAAUGGACUGCAGUUAUGAUAAUUAUACUGAUGGAACAUCUGAUCUUAGACUGAAAACAUAUCCCAGUGAACAAGUGAUUAAAGAAAAUCCGGCGAAGCAAGGUCGCGAAGUCGUAUUUCAAUGCCGUGACGAGGGUCUCCUACGUGCCAGAGUACGUUGGAUUCGCGGUAAUGGUUUACCUCUGCCGCCCGGCAGCCGAGACAUCAAUGGUCGUUUAGAGAUACCCAAUAUCCAGCUCGAGCACGCUGGAACUUACAUUUGCGAGGCCGUGGGUUAUCCGCCGUCUACUCCGGGUCGUCAAGUGAACGUCAUUCUUACCGUCGAGAAGUUUGAGCAACCGGCCACUAGACCACCGCAAGUGUGUCAGUACGAUCAAGCUACCUGCAGCAACGGAGACUGCAUUCCCAAAUCGUACGUUUGCGACGGCAAAUUUGAUUGCACCGAUGGAUCUGACGAGAUGCGAUGCAGUCCUCACGGAUGCGAACCCAACGAAUUCCGUUGCAAUAAUAAGCAGUGCGUCAGCAAGUUGUGGCGUUGUGACGGCGACAAGGAUUGCGCAGAUGGCAGCGAUGAGGAAAACUGCGCGCCGUCUCCCCCGGGAUCCCCAUGCCAUUACAACGAGUUUCCUUGCAACAGCAACAAACAGUGUAUCCCGAAGAGCUAUCACUGCGACAUGGAGCGCGACUGCUUGGACGGCAGCGACGAAGUUGGAUGCUCUCCCGUUUACAUCGUGAAACCACCACCGCCAAUGGUUGUUCUCGAGCCAGGUGAAAUGUUACUUCUCACUUGCACUGCGAUCGGUGUCCCGAUACCGGAAAUCAACUGGCGACUCAAUUGGGGACAUAUUCCCGAGAAAUGUACAACCGUGUCGACUAACGGAACGGGUACACUGACAUGUCCAGACAUACAAAUCCAGGAUCAGGGCGCGUAUUCGUGCGAGGCAUUGAACGUCGGCGGUUUUGUUUUCGCUGUGCCAGAUGCUAUCGUUGUCGUGAAGGAACCUCGCAACAUCUGUCCAAAGGGCAAGUUCAAUUCUGAGGCGAAGAUCGUCGACGAGUGUAUCUCGUGCUUCUGCUUCGGCGUUGCUACCGAAUGUCGCAGCGCUGAUCUUUUCACUUAUCAGAUUCCACCGCCUUUUGACCGCCAUAAGAUUGUGUCCGUCGAGACCGUUCCCACAGUCAAAAUCCACGGCGACAUCAGCAACCAGAUAUCUCAGAUUCGUCCACUCGGUCGAGAUGGCGUUCAAUUGUCGGAAUCCUUCAGCAAUGAGUUGAAUGUCUACAAUAUUCCUUAUUAUGCACUGCCAGAGAACUAUCACGGUAAUCAAUUAAAAUCCUACGGUGGCUACUUGAAGUAUUCGAUUCGUCAUAGCGGUAACGGUACGCCGAACAAUGCACCUACUGUCAUCUUGAGCGGCAAUAAUUACAUCCUGGUGCACAAAGGUAAUGAGCCAACGCCCGAUUAUGAGACUGAAGAAUCCGUCAGGUUCUUCUAUGGUGAUUGGUACAAGCAACAAGGAAGAAGCGAAAUCCUGGCUUCUAGGGAGGACAUUAUGAUGGCGCUAGCAAACGUAGACAACAUUCUUAUAAAAGUUAAAUACGACGAUUCGCAGCAGCUGGACGUUCGUCUCACUAACAUCGUAGUAGAUACUGCCGAUGCGCGAAACACCGGUCUAGGAUCCGCGUCCUUUGUUGAAGAAUGUCAAUGUCCUACCGGAUAUACCGGUCUGUCUUGCGAACAUUGCGCGCCUGGUUAUCUGAGGCGAGAAAAUGGUCCGUGGCUUGGCCAGUGUUAUAGAGACGAACCACCGUGCCCUCCAGGGUACUAUGGCGAUCCCUCAAGAAACAUCCCUUGCCAGAUUUGUCCUUGUCCGCUUACUAACCCGUCAAACCAGUUCGCUCGCACAUGUCAUCUUGGAUCUGACGGGCAACCUACAUGCGAUUGUCCCGCUGGUUACGUUGGACGUAGAUGCGAACAAUGUGCUACCGGUUAUCAAGGAAAUCCUCUUAUUCCCGGAGAUAUGUGUGUUCCACUUCAACAAUGUGAUCCUAAUGGCAGUCUUAGUCCUAAUGCCGAUCCGCAUACUGGAAAAUGUCAUUGCAAGCAAUAUGCAACGGGUCUCACUUGUAAUCAAUGUAAGGCGAAUACCUUUAAUCUGGCCUCGACAAAUCAAUUUGGAUGCAUAGCUUGUUUCUGUAUGGGUAUUACAAACAGAUGCGUCUCCUCUAAUUGGUACAGGAAUGAGAUUCGUGUAUCAUUCACCAAUUCGAUUCGAGAUUUCUCUUUGAUCGAAUCUAAGACCAUCGAUGCACCAGCCAUUGUAGAAGGAAUUCAUCUAAACACUAUUAGCCGAGAAAUAAUCUACAGUGAUUUCCCGAAUCGUGGAAACAAUGACGUUUAUUACUGGCAAUUACCUAGCAUUUUCUUAGGAGAUCAAAUAACAUCAUAUGGCGGUAAUCUCAAGUAUACUGUCAGAUACGUUCCUUCUCCGGGCGGUCAAAGCUCAAGAAAUAAUGCCGCGGAUGUCGAACUUAUCAGCGCUAACGAUAUCAACUUGCUUUACUACUCUCGUGAGUCUCCCGAACCAAACUCCCAGCAAUCGUUUACUAUACCGUUACUCGAGCAAUAUUGGCAACGCAAUGAUGGAACUCAAGCGGAUAGAGAGCACCUUCUAAUGGCUUUGGCAGACGUGCGAGCCAUCAAAAUCAAAGCCACUUACACGACGCAUACAGACGAAGCUGCACUCUCCUUCGUAUCUUUGGAUACUGCCGAAAAGUACAAUACGGGUAAAGCGCGCGCGGUUGAAGUUGAAGAAUGUACUUGUCCCAGCGGCUACAGAGGACUUUCCUGCGAGGAUUGUGAUGUUGGUUAUACCAGAGCUUUCGAAGGUCUCUACUUAGGUAUCUGCGAACCAUGCAAUUGCAAUGGUCAUUCCAAUCAAUGCGACCCUGAGACUGGCGUUUGCGAGAAUUGCGCUCAUCACACUACCGGCGAUUCUUGCGAGGUAUGCGAAUCAGGAUACGAAGGAGAUGCUACCCGAGGCACGCCGAACGAUUGCACAUACAGAAGCCCCAGACCGGAGUCAUGCAGAUGCAAUGAAGCUGGCUCGCGUAGCACUUCGUGUGUCGAUGGCCGAUGCGAGUGUAAAAGGAAUGUUGAGGGUCCAGAAUGUAAUCGGUGCCGCCCGUCGACAUACGGAUUACGUGCCGAGAAUAUUGAUGGAUGCAUCGAAUGUUACUGCAGCGGGAUAACUGAUCAAUGUCACGAAAGCACAUUGUAUGUACAGCAAAUACCGAUGUGGGUGUAUGAUUCACAUCAUGGCUUCACUCUUACGGACUCGACUAGACGCGAUAUAAUCGAUGAUGGUUUCGAAUUGAAUGUGGCAAUGAACGAAAUCGGCUAUCGUUAUCCGGAUAGCAGAAGUCGCAGAUUGUUCUGGUCGCUGCCGAGCGUCUUCACCGGAAACAAAGUGAAAAGUUACGGUGGAAAUUUGACUCUGACGCAGCAUAUCACUGCAUAUCCUGGCGCUCAGAGCUACAAAGAUCAAGAUAUUCUCUUGAUAGGCAAUGGCAUCACAUUGUUCUGGACAAAUCCAACAGAGCUCCAACCUGAUAUUCCGCUGACCUAUUCUGUUCCAUUAAAAGAAAAUGAAUGGAAACGAUUGACCAUCGAAGGACCACGAAGCGCUUCCAGAACGGAUCUUAUGAUCGUUCUCUCGAAUCUGGAGGCUAUCUUAGUCCGCGCGUCUCACAGCGAACGUAUGACCGCUACAUACAUAAGCGACAUCAGCAUGGAUACAGCCGUGGAACAUUUAACUGGAGAACGACGAGCUACUCAGGUCGAAGCCUGCCGCUGUCCAACUGGUUAUACAGGAACUUCCUGCGAAAUCUGCACUCGUGGUUAUUACAGAGAUACUAACGACCGAUCCAUUAGUUAUCUAGGCGCGUGCAAUCUCUGUCCGUGCAACAAGAACGAGGAAAGCUGCGAGAUCAGCAGAUCCGGUCAGAUCAAAUGCCAUUGUUUGCCGGGUUACACAGGACAGUAUUGCCAAGAUAUCGCCGGUGAGCUCAUGGUAAGCCUAAUGCCUAUGAAAGCCGAAGUUGAGCCGUACUCCACGAUCCAAUUUACAUGCAACUAUGACUAUCCAGAUAUGUUUUACAUCUAUUUUAAAUUAUCGUCACUUAACGGGUUUGCCGUAACUGCGAAGGGUGGCAAACCCGGACCUAUAACUAAGACAAAAAAUGGAGCUGUCCGCACAUGGUUUGUCCACGUGGGACGCACUGCUUGUAACGUCGAAUGUCACAUCGUAAACUACCGUGGCAAAGAACUCCUCAAGGUCAUGACAUCAAUUACGCCAGUUGGAGAACCGCAAACUACUACUACACCUGGUCCUAUACCUCCACCGAGGAUUAUUGUUUAUAUUCAAGAACCGGAAUUCCAGAUUGUUCAUACUGGAAACACUGUCAGAUACCAUUGCACAGGCAGAUCCAAAGAUAGCGAGUCGGUAAAUAUUAGAUGGGAGAAAGAAGAUGGUCAAUUACCGCCUGGUAGAAGCGUGGACGAUGCUAAUGGAUUAUUAGUCAUUAGAGAUGUGAAGGUAUCUGAUAGCGGCAUAUAUGUUUGUCAAGUGAGCGAUGGAAUAAACAUUGGACGAAAAAAAGUCACUCUGACUGUUGGAGGAGCCAACCCUGUAGAACCUAGAAUCACUAUAAAUCCACCGUAUCAACAAGUGAGAGAAGGUGAACCAGUCGAAUUCCGAUGCGAAGCUACUGGUAAUCCGUCACCUCAAUUAGAUUGGAUUCGAGUCCACGGAAGCAUGAGUCCGGAAGCGACAUUCCACAAUGGUAUAUGGAACCUUCCAGCCGCAUCGAAGAACGACGCAGCUGAGUACAAGUGCAUUGCUAGAAACAAUGUUGGCAUAGAUGAGAAGACGACCAUCUUGUAUGUUGAAGAUAAUCCUAAUAAGCCACCACCUCAAGGUUUACCGCCAACUGUAACUCCGUCCGAGUGGUCUGGAACUAUUGGCGAUGUUGUCAAAUUGAUCUGUACACCAUCGCAGCAUGCAAACGUUACUUGGACGAGAUCCGGCGGAUUACCGUUACCUUAUACAGCGAGUCAACAGGACGGAAUCUUAACCAUCAUUAAUCCUAGUCCGAGCGAUUCUGGUAUAUACGUGUGUACUGCGACAAGCAUACGCGGAACAGAAACGAGCACUUCCGCUAGAAUAACGAUAGUUGCUCGAGGACCACCUACCAUUAAAGUCAGACCCGACCGGCAAGAAGUGUCCCAGGGAACGGUUGCCGAAGUGCGUUGUAUUACUAGCGGAGAACCAGGUGUACAAGUGAAAUGGAGCAAAUAUACAGAAACGAUGAGUUCGCGUGUGCAACAAGUAGGAGAUACACUUAGGAUUAUUAAUGCUCAGGUUUCCGAUCGAGGAGUAUAUAUCUGCCGGGUUACUAGCUCUACAGGCAGUUACGAAGCCAGUGCCAUAAUUGAAGUUGAACCUCGUGAAGCUCCGCUCUUAGAGCUGUAUCCUCAAGACAUUCAGACAGUUAUCCUCGGCGGUUCGGCCGAUCUUCAAUGUCGUGCUAAAGCUGGCUUCCCGGUGCCCGAGUUGCACUGGUCUCGUCAAGACGGCCGACCAUUUGCUUCCAACAUCGAACAGCUUCCUGGCGGAUUGCUCAGACUAUCGAAUAUUACGGUGAAUGAUGAUGGUGCCUAUAUCUGCUCCGCGUCGAACGAAGUCGGCUCGACGUCGGUUAUCGCGCACAUCGAAGUGCAAUCCCUGCCUGUGAUCACCAUUACUCCGAAGCACGGCAUUUUGCAAGUGAAACGCGGAAGUCGAAUCCGUUUAAUAUGUAGCGCAAGUGGUUAUCCGCAGCCUAAUGUAGCUUGGAGCAAAUACGUGCACGGAGUAACUAUACAUGACACAUAUAGCAAAGCAGCGGCUACUCCACUGAGUGCUGUAUAUGAGCUAAACUCCGUUUCACCUGACGAUGAAGGAUCUUACACUUGUCAGGCCACAAAUGCCGUAGGAAUAGCGGAAGAGCGUAUUCAAAUACGCAUCGAGGAAGAUGAUGAAUAUAUUCCUUGCACUGGCGAUAGAGGCGAUAUUCCGUGCGAUGAUCGACAACAACCGCAACCUGAUAAUAGAGAUCCGAAUCAACAAGGAGUAUUGAUUCCCAAAGAUUACCUGAGGAUUCCGAACGGUGGCAAGGUGGAAAUGCGUUGUCAGGUCUUUGGACCUGACGGAGAUCACAUCUAUCUGGAUUGGAAGAGGAGCGAUCAUCGUCCCUUGCCGGAAGGUAGCACAGUGCACAAUGGAGUAUUAAGCAUUCCGACUGUCGACAGAAACGCGGCCGGAGAAUACAUCUGUUUGGGCUUGGAUCCUGCCAGUACCGUGCUCUUCAGGGCAAAAUCCCAUCUUGAAAUUAUAUCUCCUCCAAGAAUUGAAUUAAAUCCCACGCGUCAGACAGUGGGACCUGGGGAGAAUCCAUCCAUAAUUUGCACCGCCACGGGAGACGAACCUCUGCAUAUCGAGUGGGAAGCCAUAGGACGUCCGUUACCAUAUUCGGUAUCGCACAGCCGUGGCGUCCUGCAAUUCCACGGUAUUACCUAUUCCGAUGCUGGUAAAUAUGUGUGCAAAGCGACGAACGGAGCAGGAACAGCGGAAGCGGUAGCAGAAGUUUUAGUCAAUGAACAUUCUUACGACGAUACAGAGGUUCGCGCUGAACAAAGAGACGUGGUGACACAUGCUGGCAAUUCUGUGCGUUUACGUUGCGUGGUACGCGAACAUGCGACGAUUCAUUGGAGUCGAGAAGGACAAGCCUUGCCGAGCACCGCGCGAAUCGGAGAAGAUUACCUAGAGUUGACGCAGGUGAAGCCAGAAGACAGCGGAAGAUACAUAUGUCAAGCCCAAACUAGCCGUGGUGUAUCCAGUGAUUAUAUUAAUUUCAACGUAUCUCUGUACCGAUCGCAGUGCAGACACUGGGAAUAUGAAUGCAGAAGUCUACAAUGCAUUCCAAUGGAAUACUUUUGUGACGGCUAUGUUCAGUGCAACGAUGCUACUGACGAACGCUUCUGCCACAACGCGCUAUAUCGCCAAUAUCUUCAGAGACGACGCGCUGCUGCCGUACCAUCAAUAAGCGUCGAGGUGUCUCAAGAUCCAAUAAACAUCGGUGAUACAAUUGAUAUACAUUGCACAUACACUGGACGAAGCCCACGUUAUCACUGGUCGAGACCGAAUCAUGUGAGCCUGCCGGCAAAUGCACAAGAAUACGGCAAUGUCUUGAGGCUGACUAACGUAGCUGUCACCGAUAGUGGACUUUACAGAUGUUUAGUAGAUACGCAUGAGGGUACAUUUGAAAAAGACUUCAACCUGAUUAUUCAUGGCGGAAUUCUCGAUGAACCAGCAAUUGAAACGAAAUUUGCGCCGUACGGGUCGAGUCUAGAAAUGGAUUGUCGUAUCGAUCUCGAUCCACCAAUAGAAUAUCAGUGGAGUAAACUUGGUGGACUUUUACCACGUGAUACCCAAACUUUGGAAAACAAAUUGAAGCUGACUAACGUAAAGGCUGAAGAUGCUGGAACAUAUAUUUGCGUUGGAUAUAGUGGACCUGCGCGAGUAGAAGUCCCUACGGUGCUAGUUGUAACAGGAGUAGUGCCUAAUUUUAGUCAGGCACCCGAAAGCUACAUCGCUUUCCCGCCUUUACCCGAUUCCUACCUUAAGUUCAGUAUCGAAAUUUCCUUUAAACCAGAAAGUUAUGAUGGCAUUCUAUUGUACAACGACGAAUCCGGUCAUGGCAACGACGACUUCAUUGCUCUAUCUCUAAUUAAUGGAUAUCCUCAAUUUAAAUUUAAUCUUGGAUCCGGAGCAGCCGUUGUUCGCGCGGAUAAACCCAUUACCCUGAGCGAAUGGCAUACCAUCAAGAUCCAACGCAAUCGAAAAGAGGCAACGAUGUUGGUAGACGGCGAGAGCUCUUACAAGGUGGUUGCAGUAGGUAGACGUCAAGGUCUGGAUCUCAAAGAGCCCCUCUACAUCGGUGGUCUGCCCAGCUACAAUGAAAUUAGCAAACAGUUCGAAGUGAGCACAGGCUUUGUCGGAUGCAUCAGCCGGCUUGUUCUCGGAGAGAAGCAGGUUGAUCUGAUCGGUGAUCAGACAGACAGUGUGGGAAUCACGAGCUGCGAGACUUGUGCCGAAAAUCCCUGUAAUAACGGCGGUGUAUGCCAAGAAGCGGCCAUGAAGAAUGGCUAUACAUGUCUAUGCCGAGCUGGUUUCAGUGGCAAACAUUGCGACUACGUCGGACAAUCCUGUUAUCCAGGCGCAUGCGGAGAAGGUAAAUGCGUUGAUAAGGAAAUUGGCUUCGAUUGUUAUUGCCCGAUCGGAAAAACAGGAUCGCGAUGCGAGCAUUCGGUGAACAUCCACGAUCCAGCUUUCCAUAAUGAUAGAGCUUAUCUAGCGUAUGAGACUCCGAAAGCUCUUAGGCGGGAAAGAGAGAGUUCGACCACUAUACACAGUCGAUCACGAUUACGCAACGCACAAAUUAGGCAACCACGAUCCAGGCCACAUCACUACAAUAAUUUGCACCACACAAAACAUUAGCUAAACUUAGCACCAAUUUUACGCACUUACAGAAUCAUUACUUAUCCAAUCUCACAGUAGUAAUCUACUUCCCUCCGUAGAUCUAAUCAACUUCCAAAUACAUAUGAGCUAUUUAAGAUUGUUAAAAUAUGCCUGUUCGAGAAGAUUUAAGUUCGAUUAAUUUGCGAUUUAUCACUGCCUGUUUUUUUUUUGUUUGGUAUGUAUAGAUAGCAAUGUAAAGAUAAAGCAAUGAGUCUUUAACAGAUGUUUUGCAACAAACCUGCCUAGUGCGUAGUUCCUUACAAUGGACAUCAUGGUGCUGUAAUGUUAGAACAUCAGUCAAUUGAAUUAGUAAUUAAUGUUUUGUACAGCUUUUUAAUUAAUACACUUAACGCGUCACUCUUCUCUGUUAGUCAUUAUUAAUUAUUAAAAGUAUAAUAUGCGCGCGUGAGGUCACUGCCAAAUCAGUUGCAUUUAACAAUAGUCCCAACUCAAGCAGAAAACGAAGUCGUAAUAUCCAUAUACAUGUAUGUGACAGUUAUAUAUAACACCAUAUGUAAAAUGUUUGUACUUAUGUCUAAGAUCCUAUAUAUAAUAUAAAUAUUGAAAAAAGAAAUAAUUCUCAUACGAAUGAUCAUUUAUAUAUUUAGCGAGAGGGGGGGAGACUA